AUGGACUCUCUCAAUUGGAAAACAGACAUUGGAAAUGAUGAGGAGGUACCCAAGAUCAACUGGACCGCUCUCCAGGAAUUUGCCAUCAACUUGAGGAACAGCAAAAGCGAGAAACCAACAACCAAAAACUGUCACAUCCACGAAAAGUACAACCUGGGUGGCCUCCAUCUAGCCAGAAUCCUCGAAUUCGACGAUGGUAUGAAAUGGAUAGCCCGAAUCCAACUGCACAAACUCACCAGCGAACUCGAGAAACGACUCUUCCACGAGAUCUCCACGCUCUCUAUCCUCCACGAGCAAACAGAUGUCCCCGUACCAGAAGUCUACGGCUACGAGACAAAUCCAGACCUCAUCAGCCGUGCAUUCAUGAUAAUGCAAUUCAUUCCCGGAAACACAGGAACAGACUUUACGGGUUUCCGUAGUCCGGAUAUACCUCCUCAAUUCCAAGCCAAGUUCUACCACGAAAUGGCACGCAUCCAUGCAAGCCUCACAAACUUCAGAGCCUUCGAUGCAGCGAUAUCAACAAUCAGGUUCCCGCAAAUCGGCAUGAUAGCCAAGCGAGAUGACGGCACGUACGAAAUCGAAGCGAUACCAGACCUGGGAGGACCGUUCAACACGGCAACAGAGUAUUUCGCAGCAUGGGGCGAGCACACCAGGUUCCCGAGAUCAGAGGAAAGCAUGAGAGCUAUGCUACCGGAGGAAUAUAAGGACGAUGUCAUCCAAUCGACUGGCGACUACCCACGACGGAUCAAGGAACAGCGGUUCGAUAUCACAGUUCGAAAUGAGGGUCCUUUCCCGCUUAAACAUGCCGACUUCUUCCAUAGCAAUGUCAUUGUGGAUGCUGAGUUCAAUGUACUGUCGAUCAUUGACUGGGAACAUGCCGGUACGGUUCCCUGGGAGAGGGUUGAAUUCCCGAUGUUUCUGUCCACGCUUCCUCCUGCCUUGGAUUUUCCGUGGAGAUAUGAUGAUGGUGGAAAGCCGUUGGCUGAUGAUACAAGGAAGGUCUGGGGGGGACGAGAGGAGUAUGUGCGAAGCGUUGCGGAGGCUGAGAAGGAGAUGGGGUCUGACGAUGGACUUUCUUCAAUAUUGGGGUCGAUAUAUUAUCAGAAUCUGUCGUCGUGUUACACGAGGUAUGAAGAAGGGAAGCUGGGUAUUUAUUGUAGAGCAUUGGACGAUUUUACACCGGAUAGAUCUGUGGGAUUACCCGCAAAGAAAGGUAGUGAGGAUUGA